AUGAUUGAACCGAUGAGCGUGAUGUGUCAAAUCGAGAAGAUUGACGUGCCGUGGGCGAUGAUCGAACUAAUUUGGAAACAGUACCUCAAGUCGGCCGCUUACCACUCUUACGCGGGCGUUAGCAUUGACAGCGUCAGUCAGAAAAACCGCCAGCGUCUCACGAGCGCGAUUCGUCUCGGGCGCAACGUCUUGGCGAUGCUCUCGCGUAUUUUCGCCCAACGCUUUAUCCGCGAGGAGAUUGACGCCUACCAAAAACUAAUCCUUUUUAACUACGAUCUGAAAAUUUACGAAGGUCCUUACGAAAUUAAAAUUAACGUCAAAGAUAACCGUCAAAUUGGCCAGUUUAGUUUUUGGGACCAAGACACGCCCCUUAAGUUCAGCAUCAUCAAAACUUACCCCGACCUCUCCUACUUAAUCUUGCUCCACGAAGUGCGCAUCCCGGCCUUUAACUACAAACUGAUCGGCGUCAAGUACCACGAAAAACCACGCGCUUUACCGCCGCUCGAAAACUUUGUGCGCAACGAUUACUUGGAAGUCAAAGUCGGCCGACGCGGGUUAACCCUGACUAAGGGCAACAAGACUUGGACCAACUUUUGGCAAAUUUGCGCCUACCCUUCGGCGGGCGACACUUUUACCCAUGCACCGCUCAAAGAAGUUGACCGCGCCUACUUCUUUGACGAAUUUAAAGUUUUAGCGAGCGAUGCCCAUCACCAGUCGCUACGAGUGCUCGCCAGCGGUUUUGUUCCGAGCGGAAUCGAGAACUGGACGGCCGGUAAAGAAGCGCAACGGCAAAACGUGGAAAUUAACAUCGUUUUGAUCGAAGAAAGAGUCUUUUUUCAAGUCAACUUAACUAACGCUUUGCAAGACACACGCCUAGUUGUCUUAGUUGACGCUAACAGCGGGGAAGACCGCUGGUGGCACGACCAAGUUUUUGGACUCGAAGAAAACCAAAUUAAUCCGGCUGGACUUGACACGCUCGAGAAACCCGACUCGUUUGGCUACCGCCGACCUGAAUACCUCGGUAACCAAAGCGUUCACCACCACUUUGUAGCUAACUACCAAAACACCGCCACUAUCUUCACCCAGGGAACGCGCGAGCACGAGUUGCUAGUCUGGGAAGGUAAACACUACUUUGCUUUUACGCUGCUGCGCAGUUUUAGCAAAAUUAGCGCCAAGAAACUGGCGUGA